CUCCAUUGCUUUCCACUUUCACAACUAUUCCCUCAUUUCUAAACCGCACCAUUUCAUGGAAUCAAUGACACAUUCCCUGCCAUCACCUGCCGCUUUCUUUUCAUCUCAAAACCCUAAUUCCAACAACAAUCUUUCUUCUUUCUCUCCAAUAAUUACCACCUUCCGCCACCCACUCACCAAACCAAUCACACUCUCCUGCUCCGCCUCUCACCAACCCAACAUGUCCGCCGCCGCCGCCCCACCUGACAGAGAAGCCAAGUUAUGGGGUGGCCGGUUCGAAGAAGGUGUCACUGACGCCGUGGAACGGUUCACUGAGUCCAUUUCUUUUGAUAAAGCUCUUUAUAAACAUGACAUUAUGGGCAGCAGGGCUCAUGCUUCCAUGCUCUCUAAACAGGGAUUGAUCAGUGAGAGUGAUAGGGAUAGCAUUAUAGAAGGUUUGGAUCGAAUAGAGAAACAAAUUGAAAGCGGGGAGUUUAAGUGGAGGACGGACAGAGAGGAUGUACAUAUGAACAUUGAAGCGCAUCUGACUGAUUUGAUUGGAGAGCCUGCCAAGAAGCUUCACACGGCCAGGAGUCGUAAUGAUCAAGUAUCAACUGAUUUUCGCCUUUGGUGUCGUGACGCUAUUGAUACGAUUGUUACACGUAUUAAGCAGCUUCAGGCUGCUUUGGUGAGGCUCGCAAUUAACAAUACUGGAGUGAUUGUACCUGGUUAUACUCAUUUGCAGAGGGCACAACCGGUUUUACUUCAGCAUCAUCUUCUAGCAUAUGUUGAACAGCUUGAACGUGAUGCUGGACGUCUAGUGGAUUGCAGAGUUAGGCUGAAUUUCUGCCCGUUAGGUGCAUGUGCAUUGGCUGGCACUGGCCUUCCUAUCGAUAGGUUCAUGACUUCUGAUGCUCUCGGUUUUGCCGCCCCAAUGAGGAACAGCAUGGAUGCAGUUUCAGACCGUGAUUUUGUUUUGGAACUUCUUUCUGCUAAUUCAAUUACGGCUAUGCAUCUUUCUCGGCUUGGUGAAGAAUGGGUGUUGUGGGCUUCAGAGGAAUUUGGAUUCAUCACUCCAAGUGAUUCAGUUUCAACUGGUAGCAGUAUUAUGCCUCAGAAGAAAAACCCCGACCCUAUGGAACUGGUUCGUGGAAAGUCUGCUAGAGUUAUAGGAGACUUAGUCACACUUUUAGUGUUAUGCAAGGGGCUUCCACUUGCUUACAACCGUGAUCUGCAGGAAGACAAGGAACCUGUAUUUGAUAGUGUGAAAACUAUUAUAGGGAUGCUAGAAGUGUCAGCGGAGUUUGCACAGAAUAUCACCUAUAAUCAGGACAAAAUACAAAAGGCUUUACCAGCUGGUCAUCUUGAUGCCACCACGCUUGCAGAUUAUCUUGUUCACAAGGGCAUACCGUUCAGAACAUCACAUGACAUUGUUGGUAGGGCAGUUGCUUUGUGCGUUGACAGAAAAUUUCAGCUUCAGGACCUGAGUCUUGAUGAACUACGUGGUCUUAAUCCAGUGUUUGAUGAGGGUGUGUAUGAUUAUCUUGGGGUAGAAAAUUCCAUCAAGAAAUUUAGCUCAUAUGGCUCCACUGGUUCAGAUUGUGUAGCUAGUCAACUAGAUUACUGGAUUUCAAGGCUCAAUCUUAGCCAGUGACUAUCCAGGUAUGAAAUGUUCAGUUAAGUUAGUGCAACUACUGAAUUAACUAUAUGGUUGAAACUGUAGCUUAGUUUUGCUUGAGAAUUCGGCAGUUUUCAAUAGCAAUAUGAGGCAGGACCAUGUUAUUUUUGUGUUUGUACUCAUCCGUCUUGCAGCUUGACCAUGUGUUAUAAGCAUUUAAAGCUAUAUGUUUGCAUUAUUUUUAACAACA